GGGCGAGUGUAGGCACAACUUCCGGAAGGAGGCGGAAGAGUCUCUCGACUCUACGCUUUGGAGUCCCGGGACCAGUAAGGGGGUCACCCGGGGCACAGGAAAGGGCCGCUGGGGGAGAGCCGACCGCACUCGGAGUGUCUGGGCCGCGGGUCUGAGGGAUGAGGAGGGGCCAUGGCCAGCGACGGGGCCAGGAAGCAGUUCUGGAAGCGCAGCAACACCAAGCUCCCGGGCAGCAUCCAGCACGUGUAUGGCGCCCAGCACCCCCCCUUUGAUCCACUGUUACAUGGCACUUUGCUCAAGUCAACGGCCAAGACGCCAACCACACCAGUGAAGGCCAAGAGGGUCAGCACCUUCCAGGAGUUUGAGAGCAAUACCAGCGAUGCCUGGGAUGCGGGGGAGGAUGAUGAUGAGCUCCUGGCCAUGGCGGCGGAGAGCCUGAACACCGAGGUGGUCAUGGAGACGGCCCACCGCGUCCUGCGCAACCACAGCCAGCGGCAGGGGCGGCCUGCGCUGCAGGAGGCGCCGGGGCUGCAGCAGAAGCCCAGGCCUGAGGCGGAGUCCCCUUCGCCCCCCAGCGGUGACCUCCGGCUGGUGAAGUCCGUCAGUGAGAGCCACACGUCCUGUCCUGCAGAAAGUGCCAGCGAUGCCACUCCUCUCCAGCGGUCCCAGUCUCUCCCACACUCGGCCACUGUCAUGCUGGGUGGGACAUCUGACCCCAGCACCCUCAGCAGCUCAGCGCUGAGCGAAAGAGAGGCCUCCCGGCUUGACAAGUUCAAGCAGCUGCUUGCGGGACCCAACACGGACCUUGAGGAUUUACGGAGGUUGA